AGCGAGAGGCGGCGGAGCCCCUUUUGCUGCCUUUGCUUUGCGCCUUCAGCUCGCGGGGGCCGCCGGCGAGGCGCGCACCUUGGACGCGGUGCCCUUCAGCUUUCCCCCCCGCCGCCCUUGCGCCUCCUCCGGACCAGCAUGGAAAGCACCCCGCUGGCAGCCGAGUUCAACAUCCUCCUGGCCACCGACUCCUACAAGGUGACACAUUACAAACAGUAUCCUCCCAACACAACUAAAGUUUAUUCAUACUUUGAAUGUCGUGAAAAGAAGACGGAGAACUCCAAAUUUAGGAAGGUCAAAUACGAGGAAACGGUUUUUUACGGAUUGCAGUACAUACUUAAUAAAUACUUACAAGGCAGAGUGGUAACCAAAGAGAAAAUACAGGCAGCCAAAGAAGUAUACAGGGAACAUUUUCAAGACGAUGUCUUCAAUGAAACAGGAUGGACCUAUAUUCUUGAGAAGUAUGAUGGCCGUCUUCCUAUUGAAAUAAAGGCUGUUCCCGAGGGAUUUGUCAUUCCCAGAGGAAAUGUACUUUUCACAGUUGAAAACACGGAUCCAAACUGUUACUGGCUCACAAACUGGAUUGAGGUUUUGGAAAUUUUAGGAAAGAAGUUCCCCAUUUCAGAGAAUUCAAAAGGUUAUAAAGUGUUGCCACCUUACCUCAGAAUUAUUCAAGGAGACGGUGUGGAUAUCAACACAUUGCAAGAGACGGCCGGAAUCGGAGCAUCGGCACAUUUGGUGAACUUCAAAGGCACGGAUACCGUAGCCGGAAUUGCUUUGAUUAAGAAGUAUUAUGGCACAAAAGACCCCGUUCCAGGUUAUUCCAUUCCGGCUGCUGAACACAGUUACCCUUAUCAGGAUUUCCUUCACACGGUGUUUAAAAACGGCGUAGUAACGAAGAAGUACUCCUUCGACGAAAUCAGACAAAAUGCCAAGUUGAAGACAAAUGAAUUUUCCGCGGCGUCUCACUAAAGUUUCAUUCCAUGUUGGUAUAUGUGCAACAAUUAUGUACUGAUAAUUGGUUUCUUGUAGAGAUCUGUGUGUUUGUAUUUGCCACCUCCUAGCCAAAUUAUUUGUUGGUUUAUGGACAUCAAUGCCCUAUUAUGUUUUUCCUUUUAAUUUUUGGCCAGUCUAAAAUUGAAAUAUUUACAGCCGGAAACCUUGUAAUUCUAGAGCCCUUUGCUAGUCGUGAAUCAAUCCAGUCCGGAUCUCAAUGAGAACAGUGAUGAGAUGUUUUAUAAAUAAAUGAAUAUAUCUAUAUAUAUCUAUAGAUAUAGAUAUAUAUAGAUAUAUAGAUAUAUAUAGUAGCAUAUCGCAAAAGAAAAUUUACCGAAUAAUAUCAUCGCUUUAUGUUUAUAAUUAACUUGUAUUUUUGUACAAAACGGAGAUUGUGUAAAAUAUAUUUAAAAAGUUUCAAUAUUUCCGUCUUUCCAACUUUUUCGUGAUUUUUACGAGCACAGACUUUCAAGGAAAUAACCGGGGUGGGAUGGGGAAGAAAAUUCACUGCCUUCUUUUUUUUGUCCAUUGAUCAGCAAAUAAAACAUGGCCUUAAGUUUUAUCGUGAAAAAUUGUCCUGUUUGGAAGUUUUAAUCAGGAUAACUCGCUCACAACUCCGGGGGGGGAAAGCCCACUCUCAGUUGUUCUGUCAUUAAAAGUCCGAUUUUUUGUGUGCAUCCACCCAAUUUAUGCAACCACCGAAAUGGUCUGAUACAUGACUUCUAUAAAUGCAAAACUUUAUUUAAGGAGGAGGAGAUAAAAUAUUCACAGGAUGCCAAAUAAUGAGUAAUUUAUUGUUGAAAAAAAAAUUGCCAAGUUUGUCUCUCUCUCUUCAACAGGGAGCCUGCAGUCCUGAAUUUGGUGUAAAAUCCCAUUUGAAAUUUAAUGGGAUUUAUUUUCAACUGACUAAAGUCAAGAAAUUUCCUUCCAACCCCAGACAAGGGAUGUGUGACAUUCGGUUUAGGGACAGGUGUGCAAACGGUGAUAUUAAUUCUGAUUUUUUUUUCCCCCAUACAUGGUUACAAACGACAAAACGAAAAUACUGGAUUGAAUAGUGCACUUUUUAAUUAUUAUUUUUUUGUAUUUUGGUCUUGAGUUUUGCGCGCUUUCUCUCUCUCUCUCUUUUAUCCUCUUUGUCAGACUGGAUGUUAAAUUGUAUAGAUGUCUUAAAUAUAUAUUUUUUUUGUUAAAUAAUUCUAAUAAAACAUGGUUCUAGCCAAAUUGUUUUUACACUGCUAGCUUUCACUAAAAAAAAAAAAAAGAGAGAACAUCAGGUAGAGGUUUAAGCAUUUUUUUUAAAAAAAAAAACUUUAAACGCAAUGAAUCAGAUUUUCUUUUUCAUGACUGCACUUGAAUAAUUUUCUACGGAUGCUCUGAAUCGCUGANUU